AUGCAGCGCUGCGCCCUGAUGCAGGAAGCAGGAAAGGCUGGAAAGGGGUCGAGGCAAGCAGGGUCGGAAGCGGGAGAAGCUCGUUCGAAGCAAGCGGGACACGAGGAAGCAGUGCAGGUGGGAAAGGCUAGUUCGAAGCAAGCGGGAGAAGCUAGUGCGAAGCAGGCGGGAGAAGCAGAAGAAGCGGGACAGCGUGGUCUGAAGGUAAUGGCGAAGGACACAGUAGAGCAGGGCAUUCGUGAAGGCGCAACUGCUGAGCAAGAUCAGACCAGCGGAGAAGCAGGCAAGCAGGGAGCGGACCUGGGUAUGGGUGUGGAGGGGCCUGUGGAGCUGACGAAGGAGUAUCUUGAGUCGCGUAUGAACGUCAUCUUCGCUCAAGAGACCUGCAACGCGGACCAGAAGCCGUGCGGAUACGCCAGGCAGGUCAAGGCAAUGCUUGAAGCGGUGCUAUCUCAGCGUCCAUGCUCGACAUCAGGGCGUUUUGAAGCGAGUGCGGAUGAGGGGAGCGAGGAUGAGGAGGAGGAGAAUGCGGGGAAGAGCGAUGGAGGGGCAUCAGGCAAGCGGGUUGAGCCAGCAGCUGGGGAGAAAGAGGCUGGGGGAGGGAGGAAUGAGUCAUUAGCCACUGUGAGGUUCCGCUUACAGGGUUUGAGAGAGAUCAAGGACGAGCUGUUGAAGGAGUUGCAGGAGAUUGAGGCUCUGGAGAAGCUAGAGGAGGCUGAGGAGGAAGAUACGCAGCAGAGCAGCGAGGAGGGAGCAGACGAGGAGGAAAGUUUUGCAGGAGAGGAGGAAGCUUCAAAUGCUCAGGUUGCAGAAGCAAUUGAGGAGAUUCUCCCAGUUGUGGAAGAAAAGAUCAAGUGUACACGCUCUUGGAUCAACACCACACUAUCACUGUGUGAGCGGGCAGCAACAGUGGAGCAGCAGCUGGUUCAGGCAUACCCUGGGGCUGCAGCUGCUGCUGUUGGUGGAACAGGCGAUUCCAGAGGAUCAACAGCAGCAGUGAGAGGUGCAGGAGGGCUUGCAGGAGUGCCGCUGGCUGUGUUGACUCCACGAACAGCAGCUAGGGGCCUGGCGAAUCUUGGGCAGCCAGAUAUGCCCACGGACUGGGAGUGA